AUGAAAUGCCUUGAAGGGCCUGGCAAGUUCUGUGACCCCUUGGCUCCUGAGGAAGAGCUGGUAUCUGCUUCCCAAUUGGAAAAAGAGGAAGAAAAUGAAGAGGAGGUGGAGGAGGAGUGUCUGGAUCCAGAUCCAGAUCUGGCCGCAGAUCCAGAGGAGGAAGAAAAUAAUCUCCGGGAUCCAGCUUUACUCAGUGCUGUCCAUAACACACAGAGAGGUCUGCUCAGCUCCCCUAGAGUCAAGGCCUUGGGGAUAUCACCCAGUUCCUUGCACUUUCUGUGGCAGGUGAACCAUCUGUUGCCAAUUCCUUUCCAGCCUAUAUUUCCCAGCACCAGCUCUCCAGCCCGGCAAUUUGGACCUGAACAGCCCUUACCAGACCCACCUCUCUUCUGCAGCCCACAGACUUCAUGCCCACCUCGGCUCAGUCAUCUGACCCAGCUCCACCCUCAGCAUCAACGGAUUUUGCUUCAGCAGCAGAGUCAAACGCCAAGUCCCCCUGUCAAGAAGCCUUGGUCUCAGCAGUCAGAUCCGUAUGCUAACCUCAUGACCAGAAAAGAAAAGGACUGGGUGAUAAAAGUGCAGAUGGUUCAGCUGCAGAGUGAAAAUCCCCGCCUGGAUGAUUAUUACUACCAGGAAUAUUAUCAGAAACUAGAGAAAAAGCAAGCAGAUGAAGAGCUACUUGGACAAAGGAAAAAGACUGACUCUCUUAAGCUGAUAACACCUUACAUUCAGAAAGCAGAGGUUUAUGAGUCAGUGGUUCGAAUUGAAGGUUCUCUGGGUCAGGUAGCUGUAUCAACAUGUUUUACCCCUCGUCGAGCUAUUGAUGCUGUAUGUCAUGGAACUCAAGAGCAGGAUACAGGAGAUACAAGCAGUCAGAGGCUUCGGGUAUUAUCCCAGAUUGAGAAGAUGUUCCUUCAGUUACUAAAAAUAGAAGAAAGCCAUAAGGAUGGGCUUCCACUGUCCUGUUACUCCAGACAAGAGAGGAACCAGGUUGAGAAGCUCUUUCAAGCUUUAAAGAGCCAGGAGCAGAACAGUCUGGAGGAAGUAGCUGAUAGCUUCCUGCAGGUUCUCUCUGUAAGGAAGGGGAAAACCUUGGUAGCCCGGCUGCUCCCCUUCCUGCCCCAUAAUCAAGCUGUUAGCCUUCUUCUGACCAUCACCCACAAUCUGCCCCUCCUGGUCCGGAGGGAUGUGGCUGACCAGGCCCUACACAUGUUAUUCAAGCCUCUAGGCAAAUGUAUCAGUCACAUGACCUUCCCUGAGCUCCUCCAAGGACUUCAGGGGCUAAUGUUGCUACCACCUGGCUCCUCUGAACGGCCAGUCACUGCAGUACUUCAGAACCAGUUUGGAAUAUCUUUGCUCUAUGCCCUGCUGAGUCAUGGGGAACAGCUGGUAUCUCUGGACUCUUCCCUAGAGGAACCCAUCAGUGAUCAUACAGCUUGGACAGACAUGGUGGUUCUGAUUGCCUGGGAGAUAGCCCAAAUGCCUACAGCCUCUCUGGCAGAACCCCUGGCCUUCCCCAGCAAUCUGCUUCCUCUAUUCUGUCACCACGUAGACAAACAACUGGUUCAGCAGCUAGAGGCCAGGAUGGACGUAAGAGUGAAAGGCAGCUGUGGUCGUACUGGAGCUCCGCACCGCCUGCAAAAAGCAAGGAAAGUCAACUGGCUAGAAACAGCCCAGAGCUUCUGGAGAGAAUCACGAGGCGGCACGUGA